AAACUGUCUUUGAGCUUUACAACUUUGCUUUGCCUGCAACAACUGAAAGACACGAAUGUGUAACGAGGAAAACAAAAACAAACGGCGAUGAAGUUUCGUUGUCUUCAGUACUGAAAUCGUGUAUUUGUCGAUCACCAUGUCCCAGGCUGCCCCCUCUGACACAGACCCUUCUGCUGACAUCACCCCUCCACCCACUCAGCCCCCUCACACUGACCCUGGUUCCUGUCAGGAUGUCCCAGCAGCCCCUGCACCGCCCACAGCCGCUCUGCAGCCUCCUUUGAUCCCGGAGAGUUUCGCCCUCCCACGGUCCACCGAGGAGAUGACCACAGAGCACCCCGCCGCCGAGACUUCAGAGGGUCCGACGGACCAACCGCAGCCUCCUGCUGAGGGUCAGCUGAUCGAAUGUGACCAACCGGUGAGCCUGGAGCCAGAGGCUGCAGAGGAGGAUGUGGAGAAGUCACUGCAGGAGAAAGAAAAAGGUUGGGGAGGUUGGAGUUCAUGGGGAAAGUCUCUUCUAAGCAGUGCCACCUCCACAGUGGGUCAGAGCCUGACCUCAGUUAAGACGAAGGCAGGAGAGGCGCUGCGUCUCCACAGGACCUCAGUAGGAGAGGAGGCGCAAGAAGAAGAGGAGGAGGAGGAGGGAGCAGAGGAGAGGACAGAGGGAGGAGGCCAAAGUGGAGACAUUGACCUGUCCAGCGCCGGGGAGGCCUCUGUGAGUGCUGCAGCUACUGGAAGAGGUGUCUUCUCUACCAUCACACAUGCUGUGCAGAACACAGGGAAGUCGGUGAUCAGUGGAGGUCUGGAUGCCUUGGAGUUCAUCGGAAAGAAGACCAUGACCGUUCUUGCUGAGAGUGACCCGGGUUUCAAAAAGACCAAGACCCUGAUGCAGAAGACCGCAUCACUGAGUCAGAUGUUGAAAGAAGCCAAAGAGAAAGAGCGGGCACGUCUGGGCAACCAGCCAAUCAGCGCACCCACAGCCCACUACAGUAUUCUGUUUGACGACUACCAGGGCUUGUCACACCUGGAGGCCCUGGAGAUCCUGUCCAAUGAGAGUGAGGUCAAGGUCCAAGCCUUCCUCUCCUCCCUGGUGGAAGAGGAGCAGGAGGAGGUGAAGAAGGAGCUGAUUUUCAUCAAGGACAUCUUCAUCAAGCGAGAGGAAGAGGAGGGAGGAGAGGAAGAGGAAAAAGAAGAAGGAGGACAGACGAAGGAUAACGCGGCUGAUGGUGAGGAGUUUGUGAGCAUUCUCACUGAGCUGCUGUUUGAGCUCCACGUUGCUGCCACGCCAGACAAACUCAACAAGGCUCGGAUGAAGGCCCAUGAUUGGGUGAGUGAGGUGGAACAGCCUUUCACUACGGAGACGGUUGGCAGGGAAACGCAGGACCAGCCGGGAGGAGAGGCCUCACCUGGAGAGAACGAAAAGGAGGAAAAGACGAAAGACGGAGAGGAGCAGGGGGAGAAGGAGAGCGAGGGAGAGGAGUUGAAGGGAGGAGGCGAAGAAAAGAAGGAGGAAGACCCCAGAUCUGUUGAGGCAGUUUACCUGUCAUCAGUCGGCAGUCUGGCUGAAGUGACGGCUCGCAGUAUUGAGCAGCUCCACAAGGUGGCAGAGCUCAUCCUCCACGGACAGGAGCUGGAGAAACCAGCCAGAGACCAGGCACACAUCCUCACCAGGCUGACAUGUGCCAUGUGUAAGGAGGUGGAGUGUCUGGCCAAGAAGUUCUCUGAUACACUACUUUUUGUCGGGGGCCAGAGGAAAGCAGAGGAGUUGAAUCCACUGGUAGAUAGCGUGCUGCUUGAGGGCUCCAACAGUACCAACUACAUCCAGAAUGCAUUUCAGCUGCUGCUGCCCGUCCUGCAGAUCUCCCACAUCCAGAGCCAGCACUGUCAGUCCACCACAGAACCUGCAGCACAAACACAACCCUAACACUAUCUCUCUCAUACACACACACACAGACACACACACACACACACACAGAGACACACACGCUACCUGCUCACCCGCUUGUCUUCAUGUGUCUGCUGUUGUACAGUGAAGUAUGGAGAAUACAACCCUGAUUACAAGAAAGUUGGGAUGCAGUGUAAAACAUAAAUAAACCAGAAGGAAACAUAUACUCAAUUGAAAACUUGACAGAGACAAUAUAUUUAGUG